CGCAAGUCUUUUCGCGUUCAGAGUUGUCCAGUCGCCCCCCUACUUUAAAACUGCACGGUUUAGCGAAUCGUUUCUCGAUUCUCUUCAGUUUUUAUUCUUGCAUCUUGUUAUAAUUAAACAAAAUAAUGACUUCUAAGCUACGUAUUUGCAUUAUUGGAUCAGGAAAUUGGGGCUCGGCUAUCGCUAAGAUAGUUGGAUAUAAUGCUAACAGACUCAGUAAAUUCGAAAAUCAUGUCACGAUGUAUGUAUACGAAGAAAUUAUCAACGGAAAAAAAUUGACCGAAAUCAUAAACACAACUCAUGAAAACGUUAAGUAUCUUCCAGGACAUAAAAUCCCGAACAAUGUGGUUGCAGUUCCUGAUGUGGUUGAAGCUGCCAAAGAUUCUGAUAUUCUUAUUUUUGUAAUACCACAUCAAUUUAUAAAUUCAAUAUGUAGUGCAUUAUUAGGAAAGAUUAAGCCUACUGCUGUUGGCCUGUCUUUGAUAAAGGGUUUUAAUAAAAAAGAGGGAGGUGGUAUUGAGCUCAUUUCUCAUAUCAUUGCAAAACAGCUUCAUAUUCCUGUUGCAGUUUUAAUGGGAGCAAACUUAGCUGCCGAGGUGGCAGAUGAAAAGUUUUGUGAAACUACUAUUGGUUGCAAGGAUAAAACAAUGGGUCCUAUACUAAGAGAUUUAAUACAAACAUCAUACUUUAGAGUAGCGGUUGUUGAUGAUGUUGACACAGUUGAAUGUUGUGGAGCAUUAAAGAAUAUAGUAGCCUGCGGAGCUGGCUUCGUUGAUGGCUUAGGAUUAGGUGAUAAUACUAAGGCUGCAAUUAUUAGAUUAGGCCUUAUGGAAAUGAUUAAAUUCGUCGAAAUAUUUUUCCCUGGUGGAAAACUUUCUACUUUCUUUGAAAGUUGUGGAGUAGCCGAUCUUAUUACCACAUGUUAUGGUGGCCGUAAUCGUAAAGUUGCGGAAGCUUUUGCAAAAACUGGCAAGACAAUCGAAGAAUUAGAAAAAGAAAUGUUGAAUGGACAAAAAUUGCAAGGUCCUUUCACUGCUGAUGAGGUACAUUACAUGUUGAAUGCCAGAAACAUGGAAGAUAGAUUUCCUCUUUUCAUAGCUGUACAUCGAAUUUGCAUUGGUGAGAUCAUGCCAUCAGAACUAAUCAAUUGCAUACGUAAUCAUCCAGAACACAUGUAAGCUUAAUUGUUUCCACUAUAAUUAAUGAUGGAUUAAUUGAGAUACCUGAUGUUUGAUUAGAGUUGAUAUAGGAUGAUAGACAUAUAUCUAAAUUUUAUUUCUGAGAUCUGAUUAAUUGCAUGUUAUUAAAAUUGAUUCAAUAUAUUGUUCAUUUUUAUGUAAGAUAUAGAAUAUAAAUUCUUACGUGUUGACAACUUGACAUCUUAGUAAUAUGUCUAUCACCAUUAUAAUACUUAUUUUUGUUUAACCAUGGUCCUAGUUAACUUUGUUGUUAUUAAAUUGUUUAAGUACGUACAAAAAACAAUGUUAAAUUGUGUAAAAUACACAGUGGUAUAUAUAUAAUAUGUAUAAUAGAUGUACAUAUUUGUAAAUAGUUACUAUGCGCGUUAUAGUAAAUUUACAUAUCCUUCUUCUAAAAAUUUAUUAUUUUUUUAAACUAUAUGCACAAAAGAUGAAACGUUGAAUCUCUUAUAGGUAAAAUAUUUUUUGUUUUUAUCAACGAAGUAAAGUGUUGUGCAGGUGUCUACAAUAAAUUUCAUUUAAUAAAAUGACGGUAAUACAUCCUUUAUUGUAUUGCUGCAACUUAAAAGAUCAUCUAAUAGUACUAGAUGAAUAUAAAAACUUUACAUGCUAUACUGCAUAAUUUACUAAUUCUACAUUUUCCGUAUGAUGUAACCGAAAUUCACAGCGCAAUAUGUUUAUAUAAAUAAGAUAUUUGAACCUAUUAUAUACAUAUCACAUUUUUCAAGAUUAUCAUUAAAUUAGAUAUAUGUCACACACUUUACUUCACUGAUAAAUCUAAAAUAUUUUAAAAAUCUAUCAGAUGUUUUGGCAUGGAUGUUUACCCUUGUUUUUAAUCUAUCAGGGUGUUGCGAAAUUUUUUAAAUGAGUCUUCAAAUGAAAGUAAAAAAGAUGCUUAUUAAACGCACAGAAUAUGUAUAUUAAAUUACUAAUUUUAAAAAAUCUUUUAAGAUUCUUAGUCUGUUAUGGAUUAUUAACACAAAGACAAAAAUGUUAAAAAAAAAAUAAAGGACCAUGGAUUGUUUAAUAUUUUAUAAUAUUUUAAUCAGUUAUUGGAAAUCGUAAUAGCACAGUUUAAAUUACUAUUUUUUGUUACAUGCCAUUCAAAUUUUUAAUUAUAAACUCUACUUAUAUUAAAGUAGUUAUAGUUCAUAUGACAAUAAUUUCAAUGCACCCUUGACAGUACUAAUUUUUUCCCUGUCUAUCUAAAAUAUAUGUAGAAAGUACAAAU